AUGAGCUCUGGCUCCGCCCAGGAUGUGGCGGUGGAGCAUUUCCUGCGUGACAUAGAGAGGCGUGGCCAGCGGCUCCACUGCGCUGUGAUUGGCUGUGAGGAGGAGCUUCCCCGCGGCGACAUGAACCUGCUGUACCGCAAAAGCCGAAUGGACUGGAGGAGCCGCGACCAGGACAGCGGCAAGAAGAGUUCCAGUCAUAAGGAUGCGUCCUCGGCCACGGUGGGGAAGGUGCGUGACCUGGCCUCCUUCCGCCGCCACUUCCGCAUGGGCUUCAUGACGAUGCCGGCGUCGCAGGACCUGUCGCCCCACUCCUGCGCCUCCGCCAUGGCCCCCCGCUCCCAGUCCUGCCAUGCGGUGGGCGCCGGAGAACCAGGCAGCGGAGGCAGCCUGGAGAAUGGAGCUGGAGACUAUGACGCGGAUGGCCACGGACAGCAGGCUGGCCGCUGCCCGCCCACCAAGCCCAAGCGGCACCCCAGCACCCGGCUGAGCUCCACACCGCAGGGGGAGCACCCGCCCAUACACCCUCACCCGCCUGAGGCGCCGCCACCACCACCGCUGCCCCAGCCACAGUCUGGCCAGUCGCACUCGUCUGGAAAACACGGAGACAAGAAGAAUGCCAUGAAGAAGUCCGAUUCGGGCGACAUGAGCAAGAAGGUUCCCCCACUGAAGCCCAAGCGGAGCCCCAGCACCCAGCUGUCCUUCGACCCCCCGCUGCCCCGCAUCCAUCCCCCGGCCACGCCGCUCCCCUUCCAGGCCACCGGCGACCCCUCGCCAGGCGCCGGGGGGCCCGAGGUCAUCGGAGGUGGUGGCAUCAUGGGCGACGACGAGCCCGUCUACAUCGAGAUGGUGGGCCAGGUGUUCACGCGGGAGAGCACGGCCACGCCGCACCCGCCCCAGCCCCCGCUCACGCCCUCGGCCACCACGCCCGACUCGGACUCGGACCCGGGCGAGGCCAUCUACGAGGAGAUGAAGUACCCGCUGCCCGAGGACCGCGAGGCGGCGCAGCGGCGCCUGCAGAUGCGGCACCACGAGCGGCACCAAGAGCGGCUCAAGGCCUCGAAAAGCGGCGGCGGUAGUGGCGGUGGCGGGUACCACCAUCAUCACCACCCGCAUCACCACCACCACCCGCACCAUCCGCACCACCACAGCUCGUCCUCCUCCUCGCCCCUGCCUCGCCCCUCCUCCUCCUCCCCCUCGUGCGCUGCCUCGUCGUCCUCCUCCUCCUCCAAGCCCAAGACGGCCGUGUCCAUCUCCCACUCGUCUCCUUUGCCCUGCUCGACGUCCUCUUCGGCCUCCUCCACCCCCGUGCCGUUAUCCUCCAGCCCGCACCCGCCGCGCGCACCCACACCUUUCCUCCUGCAGGGCGGCGCCAAAUCGGAGCAGGACUCCGGCGGCGGCGUCAGCAGCGCCACCAAGAUCCCGGCGCCCUUCCCCAACCUGCUCCAGCACAAGCCCCCUCUGCUGGCCUUCCCCCAGCCCGCCGCAGCCUCCAGCGGGGUCGCGGCCCACAAGGGCACCUCCUCCUCCACCUCUGCCUCCACCAGCACCACGGCUGCCUCCUCCUCCUCGGGCUCCAAGGGCGCCCGGGAGUCCUCCUCCUCCGGGAGCGGAGCCCCAUCCAGCUUGCCGCCCUCCUCCAAGGACUCCUCGUCCUCCUCCUCCAAGGACGACAAGUCGCGGGGGGAGCUGGGCCCGGCGCCGGGGCUGAGGGCGCGGAGUCACUCCACCCCGCUGCCACCGUCCUCCAAGUCCUCCUCGCCCUACUCGCACCACCACCAUCACCACCACCACCAUCACCCGCAUCACCGGCCCUCGCACUACCACCAGUACCGCAAGCACGACAAGGAGAAGGGGGAGAGGGACGGCAGGGAGAAGGACAAGUGCUCGGGGUCCUCUUCGACGGGCACCUCCACCUCAGCGGCCACUGCCUCCUCCUCCUCCAUGACCGGGGGCUCCUCCUCACAGGGCACCUCCACGCAGGGCAAGGAGGGCAAGUCCGUCAGCUUCCUGCUCAAGUCGGACAAGUCGGAGCGGGAGCGCGACCGAGAUCGAGACAGGGACAGGGACAGAGAGAGUCACAGGGACAGAGAGAGCCACAGGGACAGAGAGAGCCACAGUCACAGGGACAGGGAUUCGGGUCCCUCCAGCCUGCCAGACCCAUGCACCACCUCCAGCAACCCCUCCCCUGCUCCCCCCUCCUCGUCUACCUCCGCCUCUGCUUCGUCGUCGUCGUCCUCCCAGCAGCGGCCGCACUCGCGGCCACACAUGCACCGCUCCCACACACCCCACGGCCACUCGCACGGCGGCCUGCCCGCCUACAAGCCUCCGCCUGCCGACAGCCCGCUGCUCUGGACGUACCCCUCCGUGGGCUUCCGGAAGCCCCCUGCCUACGACAGCCUCCGUGGGGGUGGUGGAGGAUCGCAUAUGCCCUCUCUACAUCAUGAGUCGGGUUCGAAAGGUGGUGGCGGUGGAGGUGGAGGGAGUGGGCCUUCGUCGUUGCAAGGUGGCAAGGCGGGUUUCGUGCCCUGGGACGGGAGCGGAGGCUUCGGAUUGCCGGACGACGUUCCCUAUUGGCCCAUGCACAGGAAGCUGUCAUUCAGCCACGGCAGCCGGGAGACAGAGAAAGACGGCAUGUGGAACGGCAGCGCAGAUGGUCUUCUGAGGCGGGAGAAGGACGACCUGGUGCUGGGGUUGCGCGGGGGUCACUCGGGCAUCCCCGUGCGCGCCCCCGGCCGGCCCUUUGGCCACAGCGAGAGCCUGGCGGGGGCCGACGGGCCUCCCGGCUUCAGGGCACUCAGCAGAGGAGGAGGGGUGCCCUUGCCCUGCCAGACCUUCCCCGCCUGUCGCAACGGAGAGCUGGCGCGGCUGGGCAGGUCGUCCUCUACGUCUGGCGUGAGGCAGGUGGGGGGAGGGGACGUCCACAGGCAGAGCAGCCUCCCCGCCAAGGAUGCCCUCAGCCAGGUGAGAAUACAGGCCCCCGUCCCGGGCCAAGGCUCCUGCAGCCCCUCCCUGACCCGCCACCAGCAGCAGCAGCUCCAGCAGCAGCUCCAGCAGCACCACCUGCAGCUCCAGUUCCAGCACCUGGCUCAGCUGGCGCAGGGACAACCUCCGGCCACCGGGGGCAGUAGGGAUAGUGCCGCCACCACCACUCCGGGCGGUAUCGCGGCACAGCGCGACGGCAAGCUCCUGGAGGUGAUCGAGAGGAAGCGCUGCUUGUGCAAGGAGAUCAAGGCCCACCGGCGGCCCGACAAGAGCCUGUGCAAGCAGGACAGCAUGCCCAUCCUGCCCAGCUGGCGACGGACCCCCGAGCCCCGUAAGACGGGCACGCCGCCCUGCCAACGGCCGCAGGCUGUGGUGUGGGACACGGCCAUUUGA